AUGUGGAAUUACUACAACGAUAAGACCGUCUUUAUCACAGGAGGCACUGGCUUUCUAGGAACUGCGCUUGCAUACCGCUUGCUCACCCAAACAUCUGUACGCCAUAUAUACCUGCUUUGCAGAGGUGAUCUGCAGAAAGUUCGAUCAAAUUGGACAGAAUCUUUGGAACCGACAAUAGUUGAAAAGCUCCUCAGCCUCAACCGUGUCACAGCCAUGAAUGGAGACAUUCUUUUACCAAAUCUCGGCCUUUCCUCGGAAAAUUUGAGCACCAUCCAAGAGCAGGUCAAUGUGGUUAUUCACUCGGCAUCUUCUAUCAACCUCGCAAAGCCCCUUAGCGGCUUACGGAAUAUUAUCGUUGGCGCUAGUGAGAAGAUAGCAGAGGUCGCUCUUACAUGCACACAUUUGGAUCGCUUCGUCUAUGUUUCAACUGCAUAUGCCAAUUCACAUCUUCCUGCUUCGGGUAGGAGCAUCGACGUUGAAAUCGAAGAGAAAAUUUACGACCCUAACCUCCAUCCCAAUCUUAGCAAAGAGUGGACAGAUGUGCAACAAUUUGGGUCUAGCGAUGCUCUUGUCAAUCAUGAUUUUCCAUGGUCAUACGCCUACGCAAAGAAUUUAACAGAGAGACUACUUCUGGAUCGGUUUACUCAGACUGGUGCCGGUGCCAAGUUGCUCAUUCUUCGUCCGUCAAUCAUCGGACCGGCCCAAGUUUUCCCCUUCCCAGGAUACAACGUGCCUUUGUCCUGCCCUCCCACGAUGCUUGCUGCUGCGCUGGCGCUGAGUCCAAAGCGGACGGCUACUAUCGGAACGAAAGCGUCAGAGAGCUCUCAGCUCACUACAGAUGAGGUUCCGGUUGACGUGGUCGUUGACCGCUUGCUCGCCCAUUUGGCGAUGGGCACUGACGGCUGCGUCCAUGCAGUCAGCGGGAAGCGAGCGCGGAUUCCAUCUUUGGAGUGGUGGCAAUUAGCCUCUGAACAUCGUCGCCUGCCUUGGAAGUGUCGUUUGGAUCUCAGGGACCUGAGUUGGAAGUCGCCAGAGCAACAUCCUAUGGCUCGACUUUUUGUGAUCCUGGGAUCCUCAUUUUGCUUCUUCGAGGAUAAAACAAUCAACCUUAGCCAGGAUCCUAUAGUGGCCGAGUGUGAGGGAUUGCAGUUGUUCACAAAGCUCAAUUUGGGACAAAAGCUGCUGGGCCGAACUGAAGAUAUUCGGUUUGCGAUGACACAUUUUGCAAAAAGAAAUCUUGGCGCUAGAGUGAUGAUCAAACUCUUCUAUCAAGAUGGUGAUGGUUAUGCUUGCCUAUAUCACAUGAUUUCACUCAUCAUCAUUAUGCUUGUUUGCUUCUUGAUAUUUAUGCUUGCUCCUGCAGCUUCCAAGGCUCUUCUUGCUUCUUCUUUCCUUUCUUAUAAUUAA